CUCCCCCCCCCGCCCCCCGUGUGGUGUGGUGUGGUGUGGCUGUUGCUGGCUUCCCUGGCCAUUUUGCUGUGGAGGGAGAAAUGAGGCAGCAGCAGAAGCUGCAGUGACCACAACAGAGGAGGGGGGAAGAGAGACCCAGACUCAGGAGUUGCGGGGGGGUGGGGGGUAUUUUGUGCAGCCAAAGGAAUUUUUGUGUGGGGGGGGUUGAUUUUUUUUUUGUGGGGCGGGGGGGGAAAGAAGGGGCAAGACCCCACGGACUAAUUAUCCCCCCACUCUCCAGUGCCACCCCCCCACCCUCUCCUCUUCGGAUCUGUUGGAGCCAUGAGCUGGGGGACAGAGCUGUGGGACCAGUUUGACAAUUUAGAAAAACACACACAAUGGGGAAUUGAUGUUCUGGAAAAAUACAUCAAGUUUGUAAAAGAGAGAACGGAGAUUGAAAUCAGCUAUGCAAAACAACUUAGGAACCUUUCAAAGAAAUAUCAACCCAAAAAGAACUCCAAAGAAGAGGAAGAAUACAAAUACACAUCAUGCAAAGCCUUCCUAGCCACACUGAAUGAAAUGAAUGACUAUGCUGGCCAGCAUGAAGUCGUUUCGGAAAACAUGACUUCUCAGAUCACUGCAGAGUUAACCCGCUUUGUGCAAGAGCUGAAACAGGAAAGGAAAUCGCACUUUCAUGAUGGCAGAAAGGCACAACAAAACAUUGAAACUUUCUGGAAACAGCUUGAAGCAAGUAAAAGGCGGUUUGAACGUGAUUGCAAGGAAGCCGAUAGAGCACAGCAGUAUUUUGAGAAAAUGGAUGCUGACAUCAACGUUACGAAAGCAGAUGUUGAAAAGGCAAGACAGCAAGCACAAACACGACAUCAAAUGGCAGAAGACAGCAAAGGAGAAUACUCAUCCAUUCUUCAGAAAUUUAACCACGAGCAACGCGAACAUUAUCACACACACAUACCAAACAUCUUCCAGAAAAUACAAGAGAUGGAGGAAAGGAGGAUAGUGAGGAUAGGCGAAUGCAUGAAAACCUAUGCAGAAGUGGACCGCCAGGUGAUCCCCAUAAUCGGGAAGUGUCUGGACGGAAUAACGAAGGCAGCAGAAUCAAUUGAUCAGAAAAAUGAUUCACAACUGGUAAUAGAAGCCUUUAAAUCAGGGUUUGAACCACCAGGAGAUAUUGACUUUGAAGACUUCACUCAGCCAAUGAAACGCACUGUCUCGGAAUCCAGCCUUUCAAAUUCCAGAUGGGAUGGAAAAUCUGAGCCCAAGCCUGGCAGCAAAUCCAAGGGCAAAUUGUGGCCAUUCAUCAAGAAAAAUAAGCUUAUGUCCCUUUUAACAUCCCCCCAUCAGCCCCCUCCUCCUCCCCCUGCCUCUGCCUCACCCUCUGCUGUUCCCAACGGCCCCCAGUCUCCCAAGCAGCAAAAGGAACCCCUCUCCCAUCGCUUCAACGAGUUCAUGACCUCCAAACCCAAAAUCCACUGCUUCAGGAGCCUAAAGCGCGGGGGGGGAGGACCAGAGGACUUCAGCAAUCUCCCACCUGAGCAAAGAAGAAAGAAACUCCAGCAAAAGGUUGAUGAGCUAAACAAAGACAUUCAGAAGGAGAUGGAUCAAAGAGAUGCCUUAACAAAAAUGAAAGAUGUCUACAUCAAGAACCCGCAGAUGGGAGAUGCAGCCAGUGUGGAUCACAAAUUAGCUGAACUGGGACAAAAUAUGGAAAAGUUGCGACUAGAGGCCCAGAAAUUUGAGGGUUGGCUGGCUGAAGUUGAAGGCAGGCUACCUGUGCGGACUGAACAGACCAGACGGCAGAGUGGAAUGUAUGACACCCAGAACACUUCAGCCGUCAGUAACUGUGCACAGGACCGGGAGAGCCCAGAUGGCAGUUACACAGAGGAGCAAAGUCAAGAGAGUGAAAUGAAGGUGCCAGUGACAGAGUUUGAUGACGAGUUUGAUGACGAAGAACCACUUCCAACCAUAGGAACCUGUAAAGCUCUCUAUACAUUUGAAGGUCAGAAUGAAGGCACAAUUUCAGUAACAGAAGGUGAAAUGCUCUAUGUAAUAGAGGAAGACAAAGGCGAUGGGUGGACGCGAAUCCGGAGGAAUGAAGAUGAGGAAGGUUAUGUCCCGACAUCCUAUGUCGAAGUCUAUUUGGACAAAAAUGCCAAAGAUUCCUAAAGGUGUUUGUGCUGGUGCAAGAACCUGGGGCGAGCUUGUCACAGAAGGAGAAACAAAUGGUCUGUUUACCCCGCAGGCAGUUAAAAUUCACCCACAUAAACAGACUCCUGGUCUGGUCUGGAGGUAGCACUUGAAAAAACUGAAAUCUAAAUUCCAUCCCAACAUUACUCAGCCGCUUGCUCUUUUUUAUGGCAUGUUACUUGUGGCUCAGACUAACUUAUUGACGUUCCCCGUUGUUCUGCCAACUGGGCAUUGCUCUUCCGUAGAGCAUAAACAACAAACCUCACCCACCCCACCACCACCACCUUCCCCACAACCAGACAGAAAUGGCUGGCUGCACUUGGAUGCAAAGGGUAACCAGAGAAUCCCAUGCAUGUGCUAGUUGGGAUUCUAUCCUCCUGUGGCCCUCAGUCCAUCUGACUGUAUGCACUGGUCCAUCAGCAUUUCACAUGGUGCCUUUAGCGCUAAUCCUGCAGGUAGGCUCAUCAGACAGCUAGGGAAAGAGGUACAUACAAGUGGAAAGCCAGUUACAGGAACAAUAUGACAGCAGCUGGACUGACCCCUGAAUUUGAUUGUUAAAUUUUACACACCCAUUAGUCAAUAUUACACCUUCCCCAAAAGGUCCCAAAUGUCAAUCAGCUUUUUUACUUUUUAAAAAUGGCUGGUGCUCCCUCAAAGAGUUCAAUCCCCAUUGGCUUUGCUGUGUCCUGCCAGCCUAGCAACUCGUGAAUGUAUGCUUGCUUUCCGGCUCACUUUCACACACAAACACACACAAAGGCAUUUUGGUUUGAAGCCACCUUUCCCCCAUCACCAAGACCUCCAUUUGAAUCUUGUUUCAGCCUGCAUGCUCGCCCUGUCGCCUUGCCUGCGCAUACCUUCCUAACGGUCACAUCACUUUGCAGCUCAUUGUUCUUAAUCUCUUUCCAGUUUUUUAGCAUUUCAGACCUGCCUUCUCCUUUUGCAUGAGCUCCUGUGCACUCUCAUCAGUGUGUUUGAACAGCAGAAAUUGCAUUUAAAAAAAAAAAAAAAACAACCCUGCAUUUCCCUCCCCUCCUCCCUCUUGCCACAGACUGGACCUUUGCUCAGGCAUUUCAGACAGGAAUUCGGACUUAUCCAUCAUCAAGUAUCAACCAUCCUGUUGUCCUGUGAUCUUAUUUAAAGGAGAAACAUUUUGAUGGCGGUGCUGUACCUUGUCCCCAAUCUAGUGCAGAGGAAGUUAUGCUGCUUCCAAAUAUCAAGUGAUCUGGAGCUAAACUCCCUAGAGAGGGGUUAGAUUGCUUUCUAAGCUCCUAAAACUAUGAGCUUCUCGCGCUCCUCCUCCCAAAAUCUUCACAUUACUAGGCUAGUGCAGUAAUCAUAUACCUCCUCAAACCUUGUCUAACAGCAGCCAGUGGGUAAUAAGAACAGCUUUCCAAGGCCUGUCUGAGUAGUUGGGGAGAAUCCCCAGCUCUUUAGAAAUAUCCUGGAUUUUUUGUAAAAGGCUCAGAAUAAGAGAGAAUUCAAAUGGAUGCCAUCAUGGCUAGUGGCUCUAAAAUGAGCCUGUCAGUUUUGGUUUGCAGGCAGGCCUGUGCGUGUUGUAAUGCUGUCCCCUGUCCUUGUAGGCAGGGACAAUAUUAAAAUAUAGCAUCCAAGAAUUGUUCACUCUUUAUGUAGGGUAUCACCUAGCUCUUCCCAUCUUAGGAUGAGGUCGUUGUCUUUAAGGUAGGUUAAAUGCUGUGUUCACAACUUGGUCCCUCUUAAAAUAAUAAUAAAAAAACCUUAUAUUUUUAAUAGCAGAGAGUCCUUCACUUCUACAGUUGUUAAUGCUUCAUCAUGCUUAAUAACUAUAAGCCUCAGCAAGCAAGAAGACACUUUUUUUUGGAAUCAAGUUAACAUAGAUCAGGAGGCUGCAUUGUCUAAGCAGAUGGUACAAACUCAGAAACCUCUGAAGCCCUUCAGCUGCAAUCUGUUAUCACAGUCUGAAGGGUCAAAAUCAGCUAAACUGCCAUCCAUACCACCGCUGUUACUGUCUUCGCUUAGCUCUUUAGAUCCACAAGCCUUCGAUACCAGAAUAAAAUCCACCACGUACACAGUUUGCUCUUAUAACUUCAUAUGCAGAACUGUGACGUACCUGUGUGAGGAUUCUGUUGCAUUUUCAAGAUCAGCAUAUCUCCUAUCGGGAUCUAAAUGGUUAAGCAGCCAACAGGCGUGCAAAUAUCUACAAAUAUUUUUAGCUGCAGUAUUUAUUCCUUUGUGUCUGAUGCACUGUUGAAUCAGCAGCUAGAUCAGCUGACUUUCACCCUUUUUUGUGCCAUCUAUGUAAAAAUGAGAGUUUUCUUUUAUAUAUUUAAUCUAGGUGGACAGUAUAUUAUUGUCAGCCUCUGUGGAACAUUUGAACUAUUCCAAUGUCAGUGUUGCUACAUAGUGCUUUAGAAGGAGCAUUAGCUUUGCCCAUGCCAACUGAUUUUCUUUGAAAGGGAUAUAUUAGAAGACCAUCUGUGGAGUUUUUAUAAACCUGCUGCCCCAUUUCAAAAAGCCUGGACCUUAAAACUGCUAAACCCAGGGUUGUGAGUUCAAUCCUUGUAGGGGGGCCAUUUAGGGAUCUGGGACAAAAAUUGGGGAUUGGUCCUGCUUUGAGCAGGGGGUUGGACUAGAUGACCUCCUGAGGUCCCUUCCAACCCUGAUAUUCUAUGAUCUGAUGAGAAGGAAACAAUUACCACCAGCCAGGUACUAUAGUUUAGAUCUUUCUUCUGCUGUGUGUAUUCAGCAUUAGAAGUAGGUAAGGGAUAGAGUUUAACUUUAAAAACAAACAACUGAGACAGACUAAACAUAUGACUUAUAUAGUGUGGUUGUAGCUGUGUUGGUCCCAGGAUAUUAGACAUAGGUGGGUGAACAAAAGCUCCAUGUAAGCUUGAAAGCUUGUCUGUCCAAUAAAAGCUAUUACCUCACCCACCUUGUCUUGCUAAACACAUGACUGGUUUAUAAAAACUUUGCUUGAAUUUACUAAGCUCACACAGAAAAAGUGUGAUUGAACACUCUAUGAAAUGGAAUCUCACCGUUGUCCCCAGCAAAAGUGUUUCUAAUACCCUUUCUUAACAUCUGUAAAUACAGAAGAAAAGAAACAUAUCCACUGAUACUGAAAGUUGUGUUUAAUGCUGAGUAUUUUUCAAAAGUUCUUUUUGGUUUGAUGCAUAUUGAUUCUUUUUUUUUUCCUGCUUGAAGUGUCAAAAGACUUAAAAGAAGCCAAAUUAUAUUUUAACAUGAUGCUGAGCACUUUUUUAAUUUGUGUGUGUGUGUGUGCGCGCGUAUGUGUUUGCGCACUGAAUUCUAGCUCUUGGUGGCAUCUCAGUGUUGUGAUUUCCUUGCCAAUGUAAAAGAUUCUGGUGUUGCCCAUUCAUUUCUGGAGACAGAAUUCAAGCAAAUAAAGUGCUUCCAUUGGAAAGCGAAUAUUGACCUUGUAACCAUGAAUGAAAAGUCAUCUACAUAUUUAAAUAAACCUUUAAUUCCA